AUGAUGAGAUUCACCGUACUUGUCCUGCUCUUGGCAGCAUCUGCCUCUGCCUUUACGACGACCGCUCCUUCGUCAACAGCCACGGCACUGCAAAUGACAACCUCCUUGGCGACCGCCUUUAACAAGCCUCCUCGUGUGGUCAGAGAAGAUCUGCCCGUUUUGUAUGUCUACGAUCACUGUCCCUUUUGCGUCCGUGUCCGAGUGGCUCUGGGAAUCAAGAAUAUCAAACACAAUCUCUAUUUUUUGGCCAAUGAUGAUAUCCCCACUCCGACAGCUCUGGUCGGAAAGAAGAUUGCUCCCAUCUUUGCCCUACCAGAAGAUUCGUUGGUCAUGGCCGAGUCGAUGGACAUUGUCAAGUUGGUCGAGAACGAUGCUCGCUUUGGACCCACCAAUGUGAUUCGCCCCGCCACGGAACGGACCGAUAUUAAGGAUUGGCAAAAAUCCGUCCGGGAUUUGCUCCGCAAUUUGCAACGUCCUCGUUACGUCGCCACGGGAUUGUUGCCCGAAUUUCAACAACUCGAUGGACGUCACGCCUUUAUCAAAAAUCAUCAACUCCCACCCUUUGAAAAGAAGGAAUGGAAAGAAGGCGACAUGACGAUGGAUCAAAAACUGACCCUCUACGCCGAAGCCAUGGCCGCAGAUCCGGCGCCGCUCUUGGAAGAAUUGAACCGAAAGUUGGUCGAACUCGAUGAUAUUAUUUACAGUGAACAUUACUGCAGUCCCGGUGGAAUUUGUUUGGAUGAUGUCGAUCUCUUUGCUCGGUUGAGAUCCAUUACCAUCAUCAAGGGGGUCGAAUGGCCCACCAAACUGCGAACGUACAUGGAUAACAUGAGUGCGCUCUCCGAUGUCCCACUCUACGAUGAAAUGGCUCUGUAA